UCUUCAUCUUUACUCUAAACAAAAGAAAAAAAAUUAGUCAUUUAAUCUCUGUGAACAUUUUCCCUUCAUGAUUGCGACAUUAGUACUACUCAUAAAUAUUUGAUUCAUAUUUAAAAUUCGAAUCGUAUUCGAAUUAAAAAUAAAAAUUUGGAUCAAAAGAAAUGGCAAGAUUCGUACCGAUGAAGUUUAAGAGAGUAACAGAGGCAUUUGAUGAGGUAGCAAAAGCAAGAAUACGCGAAAAUAGCGGCAGCGAGCACUCUCCGGCCUCGGAGAGCGUGAUGAAUUUAUCGGAGCUCGUAAAUUCUUUUUUAGAAGGAGAGGUAAUCGUUGACGAUAAAUUAACAGAGAUUACUGAUGUAAAUGUUGAUGAUAAUAAUAAUAAUUGCUUCGAUGAAUCGAAGAUUAAGGAAAAUUUGAAGGAUUUGUUUGAUUGUGAUGAUGGUUCGAAGAGACGUAUUAUUAAUGCUGUGAAAAAUGCAUUGGAUGAUGAUGAAGAAAAUGAGCGGAGUUCGAUAGAGUUUAAACGGAGGUUGAUGAGUCGAUUGCGCGAUCGUGGCUUCGAUGUUGGAUUGUGCAAGUCGAAGUGGGAGAAAGCUAGCAAUCGUACAUCAGGAAGUUACGAGUAUAUCGACGUUAACAUGUCGAGUAAUCGUUACAUAAUCGAGGUUUCAUUAGCCGGAGAAUUUGAAAUUGCACGCGCAACGCGUUGCUACGCAAAGUUGCUAGAUAUUUUCCCUAAUGUUUUUGUUGGUAAAGUGGAAGAGUUGAAGCAAGUUGUGAGAAUUAUGAGUAGAGCUAUGAAGAAAUCAAUGAAGAAAAUGGAUAUUUAUGUGCCACCAUGGAGAAGACUUGGUUAUAUGGAAGCUAAAUGGUUUGGAUCUUAUAAGAGAACAACAAAUGAAAAUUAUCAAAAGAUUAAUUUUGAUUUAAUGAAGAAGAGAGAUGUUGGAUUUGUGCCGAUUAUUCGAUCGUCGGAACCAGAAGUUGAAAUUUCGGUAGAUAGAGAUCCUGUGAAAACUUCUUUUGAGGAAUGGGUUAGACCGGGUCGUUUUUCAAGAGCAAUAGCUGAAGGGUCUGAUACUACCACUUGGAUCUGGAACCUACAUGCUGAUGCUCACGAUUUUGAUAGUCAUCAUACCAGAGUAUUCAAUUGUAGAGGGAAUAUUGUUGCUUCUAAUAGUGGCAUUAAAAUUGGAAAUUUGGCUGCAGCAUUGAAUGGAUAAUAUCAUGAAGUUUAAUCGAAGGUUUGGGCUCGAGUCUAUGAUAUCAGAUCGAUUACCUUUUUGAGGGAGCGAUAAAUUUAGUCAGAUACCAAUACAGAUGCCGGACGCUUGGUGUGGGAACCAAAAAAAAAAGAUGGAUAGUAAUAUAAGUUUGUUUCAUUUGUUAAGAAUUAGAAAGACAUUCUUGUGUAGGCAAUUAGCUUGAUUGUGUGUGGAGUUUAAUUUGGGAAGUUAAAUUAUAUUAUUUAUUGGUGGAGGAAAAAAAAAUUAUAUUUAUCCAAGUAGUUGUGGUUGAGGGUUU